AUGAAGAGACAACCUCACGGAAAGCACACAGACCGACUGCGUCAGUCCACCAUGGAGAGAGCUGCUGUGGUGUCGGGCUGCAGGGGUCCCUCAGUGCCAGAGUACAACACCUCGACCUCCACGUUGGCCUUCGACCAGCAUUUCACCACAAAUGCCAAAGGAAUUCUCCUCCUGGCUGAAAUAGUGUGUGGUAUGUUGGUGUGGAUUCUGGUUGGAGGAACAGAAUAUUUUCAUCUGUCUGCUCUUUGCUGGGUGAUGUUUGUUGCCAUCUUGUGCUGGGUUCUGACCCUUUGCCUGUUUAUAAUUUACCUCACUGGAGCUCACAAUAGGAUACCACAGGUCCCCUGGACUACACUGUCACUUGGUUUGAACUGCAGUGCUGCAGCUCUCUAUCUGCUGACAGCAGUAGUAGAGGCUGUGUCAGUCAACCAGGCCAUUAGGGGGCGACACAACUAUAACUGCUGGGCAGCAUCUGCAUUCUUUGCUUUUUUGACCACGCUGUGCUAUUCAGGAAGCAGUUACCUGAGCUACCGUGCCUGGAAAACCACAGAAGAAGAGCCAUAGUCUCAAAGGCUCCCGUUUUAUGGCAACAUUGUUUGCAAGAGGAAAAAAAAGUCUAAAUCAUACCUUUCGCAAAAUGUUGUAUGUCGCAUGCAACAGAAUUUCAUAAGGAUCAGACUGAGCAUUUCUCCAACCAUUAACAUA